AUGAAAUCCUCCGACUCUGCUGCGUUUGGACCAACCUCAGAACAAAACUUGGUUCUGCCCGCCCGUUUCUCCACUUUGCAAAAAGGACUUGGAUACAAGUUUGCGACUCAAGCUAUGGCAGAGUUGCAGAUUUACAUCAACAUCACCAGUAGAUACCGCGUCUUCGACAAGACGGGCAAACUACCAUACAGCAUCGCUUUCGGUUUAUGCCGCCGAUCUUCAAAUGACGAAAACCCUCGAUCCCUUCGCUUGACCGCAAAGAACUCAAUCCUAGAUGUUCCUUAUGCGCUUUCUCACGGGUUACUCUCGUUACGUGAGAAUGAAAAAGAAAUCGAUACAGGGCAUCUGAGGUCUAGCGAUGGCAAUGAACCCUACUUGACUCUACCCUCGCCAGUUGGCAGGACAGGGAACUGGAGAAAUAACCUCUCAAUCUAUUAUUGUCAUACCCCUGCGGACAGCGACCUUGGCAGGCUAUUCAAGCCGGGGAAGAAGUAUCAUAUCCAGCACAAAUCAGGAGGUGACCUCGGCGGCGAACACGACUACGUUGAUAAUUUGGGACAACCUUCAAAACCAAGUAAAAAGGAGAAGCUUAUCAGCAGCAAGGCACACUGCGGCGCAAGAUUCACGACGGUGGAAAGCCUCCCUUGGCCACCAGAAAUACAAACUAAGAUGCAAAUGCAUAAGGCUGAAGAUAAUUCUCCAGUACUAGAGAUCACAGUCAUCAACCAUGGCAACGAGCCGAUCACCGUCCAAACCCGGUAUACCCAACGCUUUCUCACUCCAAAUGGUCCACUGCAACAAGACGAAGAGGUCCCAAGCCUUGAUCCGCGUCCUCGUAUCAUCGACCCCAAGGCACCAGCACCUGGCUCGACAAUACAGGUUAUAGAUAUGGCUACAGUGCAAGUCGCCCGCGAAACACGCAAACCUGGGCCUUGUGGUGGCGCAGCCAAUCCGCAAGAUCGACGUCCCAAGUUGGAGACUCUGACUACUCUACACCCAGGCCAGCCGCUUGUUAGGCAUGUAGAUGUUAGUAGUAUGUUGAGUAAAUUACCGGACGGCAAAUAUGCUCUUCGGAUGGAACCACGUGGCAUGUGGUGGUGUAAAGGUGACAUUGAAGACUUUGCUGCAGCGGGUGAGGAUCGUGUGCCUCAUGAUCUAUUUGAGACUACGAUUCCACCUCUAAUAUUAGAGUUUAACGAUGUCGUUGAGGUACCAGUCGAGAAUGGGAGGGCUAAGUGGUAG